CACAACACUCGUCACCAUGUCGGACAGUCGCUUCGAAGCUCUUCAGAAGGAUCCGCGAUACAGAUUGCCUUCGCGAAAAGAAGCGCGCACAUCAGUCGACCCUCGCUUCAAAACUCUCUUCACCGAUCAGGAUUUCCGCAAGAAGGCGACUGUCGAUCGAUAUGGGCGCAAGAUCAAGCCCGAAGCGGGCAAGAAGGAGCUUGAGAGGCUGUAUCGACUAGAAAAGAAACCAAAGAAACAGGAGCGAGAGGUUGCGGGCAGUAGCGAGGAGGACAGUGAAGAGGAGAGCGAGGAAGAGGAAGAACUGGUCACUGCGAAAAAGCACGAUCCUGCGCGCGAUGGAGGAUUCGAUGAGAGUUCGUCGAGCGAGGAAGAGACUUCGGACGAGGAAGAAGACAGCGACGAGGAUGAAGAAGAGGACGAAGAGGCCGAGCUUGCAGAUGCGACAGCCGGGCACGAGCAGACAGAAGAAAUUCCUAUGGGUGAGGUCACAAAACGAAUAGCUUGCGUGAACCUGGAUUGGGACAACAUAAGAGCUGCAGAUAUCAUGGCUGUUGCACAAAGCUUCUUGCCUGCCAGUGGCAAGGUGGAGAGUGUUGUCAUAUAUCCUAGCGAAUUUGGCCGAGAACGCCUGGCGAGGGAAGAGGUGGAAGGGCCGCCAAGAGAAAUCUUUGCAUCGUCGAAACGAAAGAAUCAGCAGGAAGAGGAUGACGACAGCGAGAGCGAGGACGACGAGACAAUCAAGGAGCGGCUGUUGAAGCAGCAGGCCAGUGAAGGAGAGGAAUUCGACUCAGCCAAGUUGAGGCAGUAUCAGCUGGAGCGACUGCGGUACUACUAUGCUGUGAUUGAGUGCUCGGACGAGCACACUGCCAAGACACUAUACGAUGCCAUGGACGGGCGAGAAUAUCUGUCGACAUCCAAUUUCUUCGAUCUGCGCUUCGUUCCGGACGACACAUGCUUCGAGGACGAUGAAGUACACGACGAAUGCAUGCAGCUCACGCAAGGGUAUACGCCAAACGACUUCCGGACAGAAGCUUUGACACACUCGAAAGUGCAAUUGACCUGGGAUCAAGACGAUGCGACACGGAAGGAAGUGCAGAAACGAGCUUUCUCUCGAGCAGAGCUGGACGAGAACGAUCUUCAGGCGUACAUCGGAUCGGAUGACAGUGAUGCAGACAGCACUUCGUCGCGGAUGUCAGUCGCGGAGAAAAAGAAGAAGGCAAAAGCGGCGGUUCUGCGGGCAAAGCUUGGCCUAGGUGCUGAGCCUGAGAAGGCCUCGGGCAACGACAAAGAGGUUGUAGGAGACAUGCAAAUUACGUUCACUUCAGGUCUUAGCAACACCAAGGACAAAGGUAGCGUGUUUGAGAACGAGCCACAAGACGAAGAGUCGACGAAACAGCGAUACAUUCGCAAGGAGAAGGAACGAAAGCAGAAGCGAAAGGAGAGGAUGAAGGCUCGAGCCAAUGGUCAAGUUGAGGACUCAGAUGCCGAAGAGCAGCCUGUCGAGACUGCAGCGAAUGGCGCCGACGCUGAUUCAGAAGAUGAUGAUCCCUUCAAUGACCCAUUCUUCAACGAUCCUGCUCUCGCGGCCAAGCAAGAAAAGGCGGCUAAGAAAGCAGAGCGAGAUGCAAAACGAGCAGAGAAAGAAAAGGCUGCGGUAGAAGCUGAAGGCCGCAAAGCAGAACUCGAGCUUCUUAUGGCAGGCGAGGACGGCGCAGAGCACUUCGACAUGCGAGACAUUGAAAAGGCAGAGAGGCAAGCGAAGAAGAAAGGCAAGCACGCGAAGAAGAACAAGAAGGAUGUUGUCGAAGAUGAUUUCAAAGUCGAGACUAACGAUCCGCGAUUCGCUGCGCUGUUCGAGAGUCAUGAAUAUGCAAUUGAUCCUACGAAUCCAAAGUUCAAGAAGACGAAGGGGAUGGAGACUCUGCUGGAAGAGGGCAGGAAGAAGAGAAAGGGAAGACAUAAUGAGGAGGAUGACGACGCUCCACCGAAGGAGAGCAGGAAGAAGGCGAAAUCAGAACAGAAGCAGAGUGCUAAUGGUGCUGAUGACGAUGUGAAGGGCCUUGUGGCGAGGCUGAAGGGCAAGAAUAAGGGCAAAAGUAAAAGUAGGUAAUUGCGUUCCGUGGAGACGAGUGCUCAACGAUCUAACUUGACGCCCCUAAUUUUAUGGGUUUUCGAUGUUCGGUAUAAUGUAUUGCACACACCUUGCCCCAUAAAGUCUGGACCUGGAAAGCAAAACAAUCGCGAAGGAGCUGGAAGGCGCCAAGAUGAUGUUCGGUGUCUACAGGUCUUAGAAUGACCUAUUACACUGAUGCUCACAUGCUGGAAGUCAAGCAUCACGGUAACUGCAAUGACUUACUGACGAUACCACCAGACCAAGCACGAUCUUUGAAGACCUCUGAUUGAUUGAAGUAUAUGAACACCUACAACCGCAG